AUGGGGGUGGAGGCGGAGGCGGAAAUACUACACAUUUCCAGUUCGGAAAGUCCAAGUAGCGUUGAUGAAGCUUUACUGGACCAGAACCCGAGCCAUAUACCCACUGCGCCCCUUGCUCGGAUAGAAAUUGUUCUCCAGGCUCUUGCGCCCUCGAUUCGCCCCGAGUACGUCGACGUCCAGAGCAAGACUGUUGAACGCGUCAUAGAUCAGGUGGAGGAUACAGGUAAUUCCAGCCUGCGGUACCGAGUAGAAUUUCGGGAUGGACGACAUGACAUCAUCUCCUUUGACGACCUUAUUGGGCUUGACGGUGGCGUAGACGCACUGAAUCGCUACCAAUAUGACUCAAACUCCGACUCGAGCCCGCGGCCCGCGAAACGAAAGAGAGUGUUCAGCCAGGUUGACGAAGAGAACGGGGGACGCUCCAAGAUUUCGAAGAUUCCCAAGAUUCCCCAGGCUCGCUAG